CCACGGUUUGAUCCGAUGCUGCACUCAGGGUUGUCCCGGUUGGCAUUGUCACGGUCUUUGCGGUUGCCUGUUGGAGAUGCUCGACUGAUAUCCUAUCCCUGGAGCUGCCAACUUCUCGGCUGAUCCUUCUAGACGACUUCUAAGCAUAAUACAAUACCAACAUUUCACGAAGGCCACUGUCCUGCCAGACGCCACUGCGGAGGUUCACGGAAGCUCACCUCCCACCUCAAACUGCAGCACGCCGGGGCGACGGACGAGUGCCGACGCCAUAUAUGGUGCCUCCCGUCAUUCGUAUAUACCCCGGACUUCCCUUGUCAAGGUUCUCAAAGUGCGUAGACUCUGUCUCGAUCACACCCUCGAGAGCUGCGCGUAUUUCCCACUUAACCAGAUCCUUCGACUGAAAUAACCCGUUCCGAAUGACGGGAGUGUCCGUCGGCCGCUGGGGGCGAUAAGCCGCGUUUCCCUCCGACACCGACGACACACACACACACACCAUGAGAGAGCCGCCGUCCGAAGUCGUGGCCACAUGGCCGGCCCCAAACUACACCGACCCCGUCACCCGGGGCCCCGAGCUCGUCAUUGUUGAGCUCGUCUUCCUGUUCCUCGGCACGUUAUGUCUCGUUCUUCGCAUCUACGUCCGGGCCGGCAUCAUGGGCAGGAUGGAGGCGGACGACUGGCUGAUGGUCGGCGCAGCGAUCUUUGGCGCCGGAGUCACCACGUGCGUCCUGUUGGCCUUUCUCCGCUACGGCUGGAACAUACACAUCUGGGACUUAACGUUUGACAAGAUGGUCGCGGGGCGUCAGGUCUCGUUCGCUGUCCAGGGCCUGUUUCUGCUGGCCACGACCUUGGCCAAGGUCUCGAUCCUCGUCAGCUACCUGCGGCUGGCCCCCUUGAACUCCGGGUUCCGCCGAGCGACAUUCGCUGCUCUCGCCUUUGUCAUCAUCAUCAACGUCGCCUUCUUUAUCAACCUGUUUGUUCAGUGCGUCCCAGUGUCCAGCUACUGGGACCUCACCCGCACGGAGCGCGACUGCAAUUCCGAGGACCACCAUCUGCUCGCCAAUGCCGCCCUGACGGCCGUGGCCGACUUCAUCGUCUGGGUGGUGCCAUUGCCGGCCAUCUACUCGGCCAAGAUACCGCGGCAGCAGCGGCUGGCGCUGAUCGCGCUCUUCAGCUUCGGCGUCGUCGUUGUCGUGGCGGCCUGCCUGCGCGCCUACUGGAUCCACUACGUCGUCCAGGUCACCUACGACGUCACCUGGUGGGGGGUCUACCUGUGGAUGUGGACCGCCGUCGAGGUGCAGCUGGGCAUCAUCUGUGGCUGCGUGCCGUGGCUCCGGUCACUCGUCAAGUUCUGGAGGACUACAGCGUGGACCGACAGCACAACUGGCGCCGCUCCGCCAGGCGGCAGACGAUAUCUGGAGACACCACGGUGUUGA